UCCACUGUGCAAUUCUCCAAUGGGUCUCGGAUCAGGAUUUAUUCCUGCUUGGGCCUUAAAAUCUAAUGCCAAGAAUGAUAGUCGCCUGAAAGACGUUAGACUUGAUACAAGUAACAUCGCCUCGAGAGCUUGGUUCCCUACAUUUGAAACAACUCAGAAAUGGCUGCAGGUAGACUUUGGGCUUCCUUCAAACAUUACAGGAAUCGCAACGAUGGGAACGACACAAAAUUCGUAUAAGCUUGAGUCUUACCAACUAGWAUAUCGCAUGAAUAGGGAUGAUAGGCCAAAAAACUACUCGACUGGAGCAUCUAUAAUGGUGUUCAAAGGAAACGAAAAUGGAAAUAUGAUCACAAAACAUCACCUGGUGCCUUCGAUCUUUGCUCAGUUUAUCAAAAUUGUGCACUGGCAGACAAAAAUAUCCCUAAAAGUUGAAUUCUACGGUUGCGGUAACGCAUACACAGRUUCCGUGAAAAGAAGAGAGAAAUGCAAUGUCUCAGCUGGAAUUGAAGAUGGAGCAUUUCUCAUACCAUCAUUUAAAGCCUCAUCUGUUCGAAGGCCCGUACAUUUUUCCUGGAAAUCUGUUGGUUUGUCUCAAAGCCCAUACGUUUGGAAACCAAGGUAUCAGAACACAUAUCAGUGGAUURAAAUUCACUUCAGUUCGCUGCAUAAUAUAGCUGCGAUAAAAACCGAAGGAAAUGACCUGGACAUGGAAUGGAUCUCUUCUUUUAUGCUGAAAUACAAAAUGGAUGGACAAUCUUUUAAGACGCACAAGGAAAUAGGGCAAAAUACCAGUACGAUAUUCAUUGGAAAUUCCGCAGACAGRCGUACAGUUAAGAAUAUGCUUCAGCCAAUCAUAACAGCAAACACUAUUCGUYUGUUGCCGGUAUCGUGGGUAAAAGCUAUUGCACUAAGACUAGAGUUGUAUGGUUGCAGWUUAUUAAGAAGAAAUUUGGGUUGUGAUCAAGCGUUAAGAAUAGGCGAACCAGGCACAUCUGUCAACAUAUCGCUAAGCUCUUCCAUGACCAUUUACUUUGAGCCCUGGCAAGGACGUCUGCAUUUUGUAAAUUCUCGCCGUCCGUUUUGGAGCCCUCUGGAAACCGACCCCAAUCCAUGGCUUCAGGUCGACUUGGGAAAAUUAUUGAACCUUACAGGCGUGGCUACACAGGGCGCAGGUUCUACGUCACUUUUAGUUGAUGGAAAUUCAUUUGUUAAAAGCUAUAUUUUGGCCUUUGCGGAAGACGAUGGCGUGUUUACAAAAUAUGUCGAAAAUGAGAAUACAAGGGUAUUCUUCGGUAAUACUGACAGUGAUUCUAUUGUAAGACGAUAUUUUGCAAGUCGUGUUCAAGCCAAGUAUKCAAGGCUGCACCCACURACAUGGAAUAACACUGUUGCUCUGAGRAUGGAGUUUUAUGGAUGUGGAAAUGAACAUAGCAAGUGGGUUACACAAAAUCACCAAGUUGUUCGAAUAGGAUGCUUUUCGUCGAUAAAACAAUUCCUACCAGGUGAGAAGUACAGUUCAAAACAAACGAAUGGAUUUGAAUUUUGCUCAAAGAAGGCUGUCAUGGAAAGGUGGUCGUCCUUCGCAGUCCUCCAAUCAAAGUAUCAAUGCCACAAAGGACCAGAUAAUAACGACAUCCAACAGGCAGAACACUCUUAUCUUUGUCAAAAUUGGACAGGAGGCGGACAAUCGGGAAGCUCGGACUUCUUCAUUGUCAUAGCACAUGGCAACUUUAGUACAUGGUCCGAUUGGUCUAAUUGCACUGAAUCUCGUGGAAUUGGGGAAAAAUACCGUUCGCGCAAUUGUACUAAUCCAGCUCCKCUCAAUGGUGGUAAAGACUGCAUUGGUCCAUUCCACGAGACCACAUCAUGUAAUAUUACCAAGCCCGCAGAAUGGUCARACUGGGGACCGUGCAGCACGUUCUGUGGCCCAGGAGUUCAAAACAGAACAC